CGUAAUUUACAGCGUUAUUAAAAAAUUCUGUGUUUUAAUAAUCAUUUUAAAAUAUUAAAAUUUUGAUCCCUAUCCCAACAAAACGCGAAAAUCGGUUUAAGUAUAUAACCAUAAAAAAAGCUUUUGCUAAACUUAACUUGACCUUGCUAGUUCUUUUCCGUUCAGCUACCGCGAUUGGAACAUGUCUUAUUCACCUGAAAGAAGAUCGGACGAUUGGACAGACGACAAAAAUGGCCCCGCUAAGGAUCAAGGCUAUGACGGACCUCCCGGCAUGGAGCCCGGUGGAGCUCUCGACACAAAUUGGGACGAAGUCGUGGAAAGCUUCGAUGACAUGAAUUUGAAAGAAGAAUUGUUGAGAGGAAUAUAUGCUUAUGGUUUUGAGAAACCGUCUGCAAUUCAACAACGCGCUAUAAUGCCUUGCAUUCAAGGUCGUGAUGUUAUAGCUCAAGCUCAGUCUGGAACUGGGAAAACAGCUACAUUCUCGAUUUCCAUUCUUCAACAAAUUGAUACCAGUAUUCGUGAGUGUCAAGCUCUUAUUUUAGCACCAACUAGAGAGUUGGCUCAACAGAUUCAAAAGGUGGUGAUAGCCCUUGGUGAUCAUUUAAAUGCCAAAUGCCAUGCUUGCAUUGGUGGAACCAAUGUCCGGGAGGAUAUGCGUCAACUUGAGAGUGGCGUCCACGUGGUUGUUGGAACCCCUGGUCGUGUAUAUGAUAUGAUUACCCGUCGUGCGCUGAGGGCCAACACUAUCAAGCUCUUUGUACUUGAUGAGGCCGAUGAAAUGUUGUCUAGGGGUUUCAAAGACCAAAUUCACGAUGUAUUCAAGAUGCUUUCUGCUGAUGUACAAGUUAUUCUGUUAUCAGCUACUAUGCCUGAUGAUGUGUUGGAAGUGUCUCGGUGUUUCAUGAGAGAUCCCGUUCGCAUUCUUGUGCAAAAGGAAGAGCUUACCCUGGAAGGUAUUAAACAAUUCUUUAUCUCCAUUGACCAAGAAGAGUGGAAGUUGGAUACUCUUUGUGACUUGUAUGAUACACUCUCAAUUGCUCAGGCUGUAAUUUUCUGCAACACCCGUCGCAAGGUCGACUGGCUCACAGAGUCGAUGCACGACCGUGACUUCACUGUGUCCGCCAUGCACGGUGACAUGGAGCAGCGCGAGCGCGAAGUGAUCAUGCGGCAGUUCCGUACCGGGUCCUCCCGUGUGCUCAUCACCACCGAUCUGCUCGCUCGUGGUAUUGAUGUGCAGCAAGUUUCUUGCGUCAUCAACUAUGAUUUGCCAACCAAUCGUGAAAAUUACAUUCACAGGAUUGGAAGAGGUGGUCGUUUCGGUCGUAAGGGAAUCGCUAUCAACUUCGUGACUGAAAAUGACAAGAGAGCGUUAAAAGAUAUUGAGGAGUUCUACCACACUACUAUUACUGAAAUGCCCAGCGAUGUGGCCAACCUUAUCUGAGGUGCCUACGCAUUCCGGUUUAUACUUUUGUGUCCUGCAUUCUAUUGCGAUAUUUAUACAGUGUGAGUAUUAGGAGCCGCCUUCCAAGUACCGCUGUGCUGAUUUUUUAUUGGAACUCAUUUCAUUUGGACCGAUAUUUGUUUUAGUUUAUUUAAUGAAUGCAUUAUACUAUUAUAGUCUUAUAUUAUAAGUUUAAUAUACAUUAUAGGCGUAAGACCGGCUCGGCCGGAUGGCCCCCGUUCCGCGUAGACCUCUCUGCCACUUGCAGAGGGGUCUCAUCGGGUACUGGAGAGGCUAUUUCAAUCACAAAAGUACUAGAAGGAAAUAAUGUAUUGUAACCUCUUUUUUCCAGUUGUACAUAAUAUGGUAACUGUUUUUUGUAAUUCAGUAAAUAAAUAUAAUUAAACAUCUAUUGGUAUUGUUAUUGAAGAGGAUUUGUAGCACUCCACUCCCGAUCGGAACCUUAAUUUCAUAUAAAUUCUUGUAUUGAGCUGUAAAAAUUUUUGUUUACAGAAGAUCUACCAACUCGCCUGAACACACUUUGGAAACAACUAUGUGGAAAUAAUAAAUCAAAAUUUCCUCAAUA